UACAUAGCAUGAAGAUAUGCUUUUAAAAGUUUAUUUCAUUAAUAAAUAAUUUUGUUCCUAAACUGAGUAGUUGAUAUUUUUACAUGGUUAAAGAGGUUAGUUUCUUAAACUACUUACAAUAACAUAGAAACAUGUCUAACAAAAUUCAUAUUGGCAUUGCCUCAGAUCGUGUUAAUCCUUCAGUGGCUUUAAAUCAGAGAGUUCCCAAGAUUUACACACCUGGUGAAGUUAUAACUGAACAGAAUGAGUUGAUGCGAGGACAUGGAACAUAUGAAGAAGAUGGUUGUUUAAAGUCUUCCGUAGCUGGAUUGAAGGAAGAAGUAAACAAGUUGAUUUCCAUAAAACCAUUAAAGAGUAGAUACAAUGGUGAGAUUGGUGAUGUUGUUGUUGGAAGAAUAACAGAGGUUCAACAAAGACGUUGGAAAGUAGAAACCAAUUCAAGGUUGGACUCAGUAUUACUCUUAUCAUCAGUUAAUUUGCCUGGUGGUGAAUUGAGGAGAAGGUCAGCUGAGGAUGAACAUAUGAUGCGGAAGUACUUACAAGAAGGUGAUUUGAUUAGUGCUGAAGUACAAAAUGUGUUUACUGAUGGCUCCCUAUCACUUCAUACAAGAAGUUUAAAAUAUGGAAAGUUAUCUCAAGGAGUUUUAAUUAAAGUGUUUCCGGCUCUGAUUAAACGCAGCAAAACCCGUUUUCAUAAUCUUUCAGUUGGGGCUAGCGUCAUUUUGGGUAACAACGGUUUUAUAUGGAUUUGUCCAACAGUAAAUACUGAGGAAGAAAGUGUCGGUGGGUUUAUUCAAAAUCUUGAGUAUAUCGUUCCGAUAGAGGAAAGGGAAAUUAUAGCUAGGAUCAGAAAUUGCAUAUUGGCUUUGGCUCAAAGUAAAAUGAUGCUAUUCGAUACAAGCAUCUUAUUUGCAUUUGAAGAAUCCAAGAAAUAUGCCGUUGCUGAAUUGCUGUUACCGGAAGCUAUGGUGGACGUAGCUCUGCUCACGCAGCAACGUUUGACUUUGUUAGAGAAUCAAUGAUGUUUCUAUUUAUCUUAUAAUAAUAAAGAGACACAGUUUUAUUAUAUUAA